AUGAUCGACGACCUACUGAUGAUGAUUCAGCUAGCACGAGACAUAGGACUAGAUCAAGCAUCACUCAAGCGAGUCGAUACAUCCCAUCCAGCUGAUUUCGACUGGGAGGAGUAUAUUCUCCGGGAGUCACUCAUUCGUUACGCCCUGUUCUUCCGCCAUGUGCCCCGCAUGGCUCUGUCCGAAUUGGUUAUCGAGAUGUCGUCCCCAGAAUCCUGUUUUCAAGCUUCUUCAAAAGAAGAGUGCUUCAUCGAACUUAAGGUCUGGCGCAAAAGAGUGGGUGUCGAUGCGACAAACCUCACCAUCUUGUCCGCCGUCAACGCACUGUGUGAUAAUGCGAUCAUGGCAAAGCCAACUAUCCAUCGCGCCUUUGCUCACCUGAGCGUUCUCAACAUGUUCACAAUCAUCCACGCACUGUAUUUGCAGGUAUACGGCCUUGAACACUGCGCAGUUACUGCGCUAGAUCUGGUACGCAUGGCGCCAAUCACCAAUGGAUUGCGGAAUUGGCAGCAAUCAUGGCCGUCGGAAACUAGAGAUGCGGAGUUGGUGGAUCUCUUGGGGAGGGAAAGUGAUUCGUCGACAAUGUGGCAGCGCAUUGGGUUUAUGAGAUACGCACCUGAAUACUGGCUGAUCGCAUACUCGACACUGAAGAAGAUAUACACGUGGAAUGAUAACCGAAGUAGGAGGAUUGAGGAAACCGCUGGUAGUGUUGGCUAUGGCGAUAUGAUCGAGGCACGAAGGCUGAUCACCGAGUUGAGGAGUGGAACCAUUGUCUCGAUUAUGGAUAGCGACACGUAG